UCGACACGGCUGGAAGUGUGUGUUUGCUGUCUGGCCUAACUGAUUUUCGUAACUUGACGAGACGUGAUUUGUGCUUAAGCUAAAACGAAAAUAUUCAAUAUAUUAUUUAUAUAUGCGCUAAGAGAAUCUGUGCGUUAACAUUAUGAGCGUCGACCAAAAAGGUCCCGUUAUUGGCGUACGCCACCUGCAAGCCCUUCUGCUUUUCCUGGCCAUCGUCGUGAACUACACAGCCAGACUCAGCGUAAGCGUGGCCAUAGUGGCAAUGACGGAUGCUGCCACCACCAAUCUGAACUUUCCGGAGUACGAUUGGACCGGACAGCAGCAGUCGUACGUCCUGUCCAGCUUUUAUUGGGGUUACAUCAUCACCCAAUUUCCGGCCGGUUUUCUGGUUCGGCGCUUUGGCGCUAAGGCGGUGCUGCUCAUCCCUACGCUGGGCACGGCCGUCCUGAGCGGGCUAACGCCCUACUGCGUGACCUGGGGCGGUUGGCAGGCCUUUUGCACCAUACGCAUCGUGGAGGGUCUCUUCCAGGGACUUAUAUUUCCAUGCAUACACGAGCACCUGGCCAAGUGGUCUCCGCCCGAGGAUCGCAACCGAUUGGGUGCUUUUGCCUACUCGGGGGCCGACUGCGGGUCAGUUUUGGCCAUGGCCAGCAGUGGUCUGAUUGCAAACGGCUCCAUGGGGUGGCCGGGAAUCUUCUACGUGUCGGCGGGCACCUGUGGACUCUGGUGUGUGCUCUGGGUGACUCUCGGCGCGAAUAACGCGCCCAGCUCCCGGUUGAUCGGAGCCCGGGAAAGGGAGCACAUCGAAAGCUCAAUGAAGCGGCCUGAUGGCUUCCACGCCCAAAAGAUUCCCAUUCCAUGGCGAGCCAUCUGGACUUCCGCACCCUUCUAUGCACUACUGAUCGUGCGAGGCGCUCAGGGCUGGGCCAACUCCACAAUGCAGCUGCAGACACCAUCCUACAUGCACGGCGUCCUGGAAAUGGACAUCAAGAGCAACGCCCUUUACUCGGCCCUACCCUUUCUGGCCAUGUGGGGUAUGUCCUAUGUAUACCUAAUCUUCGCGGACGUGGCCAUGUCUCGGCAGUGGAUGUCCUUGACGACGCUGCGCAAGUCAAUAAACACCGUUUCCUACUGGGGCCCGGCGGCGGCUCUCAUCGGAAUCGGGUUUCUGGACAAAAGCCAGAGCAGUCUGGCAAUCGCCCUGAUGACAAUCAAUGCAGGCUUAAACGCUGGCUCUGGAAUUGGCAGCAUCCUAACCAUCAUCGACAUGUCGCCCAACCACUCAGGCAUGCUGAUGGCCAUUGUAAACGGCAUUGGAAAUAUAUUUCCGCUUUUAACUCCGCUAUUAGUGGGUGUUAUUGUGACCGAGCCGGGUUCAAGAAGCCAGUGGCAGAUCGUGUUUGCCAUGACAGCCGUUGUUUUCUUCUUCGGCAACCUGGUGUACCUUAUUUGGGGCACCACUGACCAGCAGGUCUGGGAUGCCGAAGACUAUCUGAUGCACCGAGACCAAGAGAGCAUACCAAAUGGUCACCAAAUGUAUCUCAGGCCCAAGGCGGAUACCGUGGUUAAAGAAGAAAUAAAGACAUUAGCGGCAGAAAACUCAACGACUGGCCACGAGACGUAUGCGCAAUGAGUGUGGAAUGAAAGCUGAUCUGUCCAGCACUGAUUAAAGGCGUAUUGGGCCGAGCGUUUGCCAUUUUAAUUAAAAAUUCUUAAAACGUUUCGUCGCGUUCUUGUUUUUUAAUUUCUUGUUUGUACGCAUUUCUUUCACUGGCCGCGGAAAUUUAAUAGAAAAUCCUUAGUAUUUCUUUGAAUGAAUUCAUUUUCUAUUUCUGCCCGCAUUUGCAUGCGAACAGUACUGUAGCCGAAUAGCGGAGAAGGACAAACCUACACUCAAAAUUGUCCUAAACUAAGGAUUUUUCAAAAAUAAUUUUAAUAUUUUUUCAUUUUAUUUUUAAGUUUAGAUUUUUUUAUUAAACAAAUGCUACUACUGUAAAUGUUUUAUUACUAU